ACCAGUCACGGGGAGGGCAGUCAUUAGUCAUAAAACAGCGGACAGUCGCCAUGUCAGUCAAACUCACCCUAGUCACCGCUACUAUUCUCCUUCUCUCCCGCCAAGCCCUAGCGGGAUACCGUCGCGUGUGUUACCAUACCAACUGGUCACAGUACCGACCGGGGCUGGGAAAGUUCAAGCCAAGCAACAUCGACGCCAGCCUCUGUACCCAUCUCAUCUAUGGCUUGGCCCAGAUCACCGACAACCAGCUCGCCACCUAUGAGUGGAAUGAUGAACAACUGUAAG